CUAAACUUGCAGUGGACAGCUGAUCUCUAAAUACAACUUGCACGGUGUCACAAUGGAGUGGACGGAACUUUCUCUUUCAGAAAUGGAUCCAACUUGUAUAUCAGUUCUGGCCGCUACAGCAGGCGGAGGUGCUUUACUGCUGUUCUUCAUGAGAUACUGCAACAGUCAGCGAAUGAAACUUAAAAUUCGCAAAGCCAGAUCAAGACGAGAUGCAUCGCUCCAGCAAGCUGAGCAGGUGGUUCAGCAGUUCAGUACCACAAAGUCUGAUUCUGAAAAUGCACAUAUUGUCUCACUGUCUAUGACAGAAUUGACAAAAAGACUACAAGAAGGUUCUUUGAGCCCACGUGCAGUUCUCCAUGCAUAUAUGGAAAAGGCACUGGAGGUGAAUAAGAGACUGAAUUGUGCCACAGAUUUUCUACUGGAGAGCCAGCAACAAUUAUUGAACAUAGAGAACUGCAGAGGUGGCCUUCUUUAUGGCGUCCCUGUCAGCAUCAAAGAUAACGUGGGAUAUAAGGGUCAUGACUCCACGUGUGGAGUGCUUGGUAAGGUGGAUGACCCCGCUGAGGAUGACUGUGUGGUGGUGACAGUGCUGAAAAGACAGGGAGCAAUUCCCUUUGUCAAGACCAACAUCCCUCAAGGCCUUCUCAACUAUGACUGCAGUAAUCCAUUGUAUGGGCAGAGCCUUAACCCCCGUAACCUUCAGAAGACUCCAGGUGGCUCUUCUGGGGGGGAGGGCGCACUCAUUGGAGGGGGCGGCUCCAUCCUGGGAAUCGGGACAGACAUCGGAGGAAGUAUCCGCAUCCCAUCUUCGUUCUGUGGGAUAUGUGGCCUCAAGCCAACAUCGAACAGAAUCAGCCUACGUGGCCUAAGUUCCGUCUGCCGUGGACAGAAAUCAGUGCUGUCUGCCAUUGGGCCCAUGGCCAGAGACGUUGACAGUCUGGCCCUGUGCAUGAAGGCUUUGCUGUGUGAGGACAUGUUUGUCUUGGAUCCCACUGUGCCACCCAUGCCCUUUAAUGAGAAGGUGUACUUAAGCACCAAACGGCUUCGGAUUGGCUACUAUGAGAAUGAUGGCUACCAAAUGCCCUCGCCCAGUAUGAAACGGGCCUUUAGGGAGACUAAGGAGUUGCUGGAAAGAGCAGGGCACACGUUUGUGCCGUUCACUCCACCACAAAUUGUCUAUGCUAUGCAUGAGCUGGUGGUGAAAGGCAUUCUUGCUGAUGGAGCUGAGACACUGCUUGGUAGUGUGAAAGAUGGACCUGUUGACCCAUGUUUGUUGCCCCAGAUCAUACCAUACCGUCUCCCACGCUGGCUGAAGAAAACCUUGUCAGUCAUCCUCCGGCCAAUUUUCCCUCGCAUUGCCGCCAGCUUGGGUGGCACGGCUGGAGUCAGCUCUGUAGCAGAUCUAUGGAGACAACACACCAGUGUUGAGGAUUACACCCAUGAGUUCAUGUCUGAAUGGCGGAGACUGAAGAUGGAUGUGCUGCUCACUCCAAUGCUUGGGCCAGCUUAUAAUUUCAACUACUGUGGAAAGCUCACCAGUGCUCUCUCCUACACGACGCUGUAUAACCUUCUGAAUUUCCCCGCGGGAGUGGUGCCAGUGUCCAUGGUAACGGCAGAUGACGAGGCCCAGCUCGAGAGCCAUAAGGGCAACUUUGGGGACCCAUUUGACAAGUUCUUUGUCAAGGCUGUGAGAGAUGCCGUAGGACUUCCAGUUGCAGUGCAGUGUGUGGCUCUCCCCUGGCAAGAGGAACUCUGUCUUCGCUUCAUGAGAGAGGUGGAACAGCUAGUUAAAGAGAGAACGAAGUGAAGUCACACCACUGCAGCUAUAGUGCCUUAUAGAACAGUCACACUGAAUCCAUGAUUACUUUGUACACAGUAAAUUUAGACUGAUAUAAGAACUAGAUGUAAGAAGUGGUUAACAUGAGAAGAGGACCAUGUAAAUAAGACCUAUCACUUUAGACUGAUGAAUUUCAUGUUAUAUUUAUACUAGAAAUCUUUCUUAACAAAGCAUUGUUUGUAAGAGUAAGAGUUUACACUAUCCUAUUUAAACUAUCCUAUUUUUCUUGACAUUGAUACCUCUCAUAACGCACAUUGUAUAGCACUCUGUUUCAUUCCAAAUUAUUUUGUAGCUAUUAUAGGGCAGGAUUUUGAUUUAAUUGAUAAAACAUUUCUCAUGCCAUGAGAAAAUGUUUAAAUUUAAAAUAAUGAACAGAUAGAUAAUACAGUACUCUCAAAUGUGAUACUUUAAAUAUUUAAAUUGAAAUGCUGCAGCAUCAAUUAAGGUAUCAUUUGGUUGAUAGGCCUAUGGCUACUAAUUUAGUGAUCGCCAGGGAAAAAAAAAAAAAAAAAAACACUCCUCUGACAAGACCUCUGUAUUUCAACUAAUUGAAUUUCAUUUAAUUCACAGUGAACUAAUAAAUACAAAACCAUGGUCAAAUAA